CAUUAAUAAAUGACCUCAAACUAAGAUCAUUCACAAUCUAAAACCAGCCUAUUCCUAGUUAGAUUUGCGGACUUUGCUGAGCAUAGACGUCACAGACACUUUCGGUUGAGAUUUGUGACACAGACAUGAGUAAUAUUCAGUCUGGAAACCAAUGUCUAACUUCUCCAUGUGUGACUUCUGCACAGAUAAAUUCGAAGGACGUCUUUUCUCUCUCCAGUUGCGCUGAACACAUUAUGUGGCGCAUGUAGGCUAUCAUGUUGGAUAUUAUUAGGCUAUAAUGAAUUUUAUUUCAUGACGUCAUCCACGACCACCAGUUCUCCGUGAUGAUAUUUGGGUCUUUAUCGAUCACUCUUCAAUGAGACUCUAUGAUUUUAUGUCAAUGACUUAUAGCCAAAAGGAAUAAGUCGCAGGGACACUUUUGUACAGCCUCUCACCACAAGGAAGAAUAGAGAAGGUUAUUUGCCACAGAUCACAACAUCCAACCAAACAGAGAGGACGCAUCUUUCCGGCCAGAUUUGUGAUUAUGGAAACCAAAACUAACAGCAGAAUGGAAACUGUGAACACUUCUCUCGCUGAUUCCACAGAGAUGAGGACUGGAAUAAGUAGUUUCGUCGAAAAAUUUACGGACGAGAGUUUAGGGCACGGCAGGGUCUCCGUGCGUAAUUUUGGAGACGCGGGGUCUUUACGCAGCAGCGCGCCUGGCUCAAGCAGCCACGGUCUGGAUCAGCUCUCUUUUCUUGACUUGCCCCUCGAUACCAAAACGUAUACUGACCAAAUGGAUGAAUUUCUGAAAGUUGAAAGCGGACAGUGGAGCGAAAAAGCGCUUCGGCCCAAGGAGACAGAUGUUUCGGAGAGUGCGUAUAUUAAAGAUGAGCAUGAGCAGUCUCUCAUCAUGGAGCCACCCAACACUGAUUUCGACCUCGGCUUAAACAUCAGCGCCUUGGAUAGCUGCUAUGAUCCAGCCGAAAAGAAACAGCAGUGCGACUUUAUUGAGGACUCUUCAACUUUGCUCUCAUCUCAAGCUGCCCAACAGGUGGCUGUGGACAGUUCCUCUAACUUUCAGCUGGACAUGAAUCAAUCUACAUUGGUUUUGCCACCUCCGAGAAGAGUAUCGCCUUCUCUCGGCAGAGGUAUGUUGAAUUUCGAUGGAACGAGUGCAGCUACCACGAUGUCCAAAACGGACAUUUCCAAAUGGGUUUCACCCGCGAACUCUCCGUUCUGGUAUCCAACCACUAAUGAAGAGCACGCUGGAUACUCUUCACCGGAGGGGUUCAUCUCGCGCUCACAGACAGUCUACACGGCAUUUCCAGGGGUUCCAUCUCAAAGACUGUGUGUUAUAUGCGGAGACGAAGCUUCGGGUUGUCACUAUGGAGUUCUUACCUGUGGAAGCUGCAAGGUGUUUUUCAAGAGAGCUGUUGAAGGUCACCAUAACUACCUGUGUGCUGGACGGAAUGACUGUAUUGUUGAUAAAAUCAGGAGGAAAAACUGCCCUUCGUGUCGUCUUAGAAAGUGCUACCAGGCAGGGAUGAUGCUUGGAGGCCGUAAAAUGAAGCGGAUUGUGGGUUUGAAGGUCAUGGGGUUGAAUCCAUCGCUGAUGUUCCAGGGUCCGUUGCCCCUGCUGGCUGAUGGUCAGACUGUGUCCUCCGUGCCCUGCAUGCCAGCGAUCCGUGAGCUGCAGCUGUCACCUCAGAUGAUCAACAUUCUGGAGAACAUUGAGCCACAGGUGGUUUACUCUGGCUACGACAACUCGCAACCAGAGCUCCCUCAUCUUCUCCUCAACAGUCUCAACAGACUCUGUGAGAGGCAGCUGCUCUGGAUUGUCAGAUGGUCCAAGUCUCUUCCAGGUUUUCGCAAUUUGCACAUCAAUGACCAGAUGACGUUAAUCCAGUAUUCUUGGAUGGGUUUAAUGUUGUUCUCGCUGGGUUGGAGAACCUUUCAGAAUGUCACCAGUGAUUACUUGUACUUUGCGCCCGAUCUCAUCUUGAGCCAAGAUCAGAUGAGGAGGUCUCCGAUCUACGAUUUGUGCUUGGCUAUGCAAUUCGUUCCACAGGAAUUUGCCAACUUGCAAGUGACCAAAGAAGAGUUUCUAUGCAUGAAGGCUUUGAUGCUCCUCAACACUGUUCCUCUGGAAGGCUUGAAGAGUCAAACACAGUUUGAUGAAAUGAGACAGAACUACAUCUGUGAGUUGACGAAAGUCAUCCAGCUGAAGGAGAAAGGAGUGGUGGCCAGCUCACAGAGAUUCUACCAUCUGACCAAACUCAUGGACACCAUGCACGAGAUUACAAAGAAGGUCAAUCUGUACUGUCUGACCACUUACAUCCAGGCGGAUGCCAUGAAGGUGGAGUUUCCAGAGAUGAUGUCAGAGGUCAUUGCAUCACAGCUGCCGAAAGUGCUGGCGGGAAUGGUCAAACCCCUUAUGUUUCACAACAAGUGAUCCAGACAGGACGCUUGGGUCUGUGCUGAUUUUCAUCUCUGAUGAAUGUGUACCACAUCUAAAUAACAUAGACAUGCAUCUUUCCAUGUACAAUCAUCCCCUUAUAAUAGUCACGAGUUCUGAUCAAAUGUGGUAGUUGAAAAUCCACAGUUUUUCAAUGUGGAGAGAGAACCAGAAUCUGAAGACAACAUAUAAUCAUGCAGUAUUAUUAAACCUGCUAUUGCCUUUUACAAAAACAUUACAAAGAAAAGUGGUCUUAAAAUGUGCUGAAAAAAUGUGAUGUAUGGGUUUUUCAAAGCCUUUGUUAUUUUUCAGAUUAUUACUUAAAUAUUACAAAAAAUGUUAGACAG